CAGGUUUUGGUCGGCGAGGACUACCGAUUCGUGGACGCAUUAUCAGCCAGAAGUACCACAUCUACUGCUGCCCUGCGGAUAAUACCAGUCUAUGAGAAGACAUUUCUGUUUGCCUCGGACUUUUACCUCAUCGUGGAUUACCUUUCGCUCAACUUCCGGGAUCUAUGCCCUCAACCAAAAGCUGUUCACCUGCCUUGGCCAAUUCAAUAGCGACUCUGGUUCUUACCAACUCUGCUACGUCUAACAAACAUCAGGACGCAGUGCUCUUAGGUUAUUCUGCAACGAAACUGGCAGCAGCUAGUCGACAGCUCGGCGACCUUGGGUCUGUCACCCCUGGCCAAAACCACACAAGCCCAAUGGAUCAUUUGAUACGUCCAAAAGCAGAACUUCCGCGUCCAUCGCGAGAUACGUUACACGACAAGAAGAUUACGAAGUUCCAUGAUAACAUUGACCGUGCGGAUCGCCUUCAGAUCAACGCACCUCAUCUAAACUCCGAGAAGUCCGGCACCAGGCUAUUACCACAACCGAACUUCCAGUCAAUAACCCGUUCUGAUGAACCCAGGUUCCGAACAGAACGCUUGGUUGACUGUGGCAGAUAUACAACGGAAGCGCUGCCUCCUGCCACGGUGUUCCACUCGGAAGCUUUCCUCGAGUUUGUCCAUUGUGGGCUGCACUCUACCCAGAGGGCCUCCCGCCCCAGAACUACGGGCCAGCGUGCCUUUCCUCCAGAGAUCAGGUCUUGCGGAAAGCCUGGAAUUACGCGCCGUUACCUGGUCGUUCAGGAUCGAAAUCUUGGAUUUGUUCCCGGAAAGACCGGUCGGAAGACCUCACUCAUCCCCUUCGUUGGAGUUCCCAAAGAGAACUCGGCCGGGGGAGAUAUAGUCAUCAAGCGACGAGAUGCCUCUUCAUCGAUCCCCAUCGGAACCCGAAGGCUUCACGUUUCCAGACCUCGGAAUUAUUAUCGGGAUAUAAGCCUGGCCUUUUCUCAAGUUGCAGACAGGACUGACUUCCAAAGAAGGGCUUUGAGCACAUUGUCGACAGGAUAUCAAUGGCUCUAAGCGAAGUCUCUUGAAACCUGCAGAGGCCUGGUAUUCUAUCUGCAGUGGUUACUUGAGUCUGAUGCUCAGCCUUUUAACUGGUCUGGUCGCUGGAAACUUGGCUCAGAUAUGGAAAACAUGUCUUGCCCAUCGCCUUCACGACAAGAAACAAAGACAGGCCCGACCUGCAAUACAUGCCAAUAUAGUCGCGAAACCAGCGAGGAAAAGCCCUCAGAACGCCAGAGUGGAAACAGAAGCUCGCCAAGUCAUCGCAAAAGAGGCGUUUGCCAGCAUGAAACCAAUGGCCAGGAUCAUAGUGACGACGACGAAGUCCCGGAUGAGUCCAGAAGGAAGAAAUCGCGAAUCCAAAGUUCAACGAUUGACAAGAAUGAUAAUGGUCUCAGCUUGGCCUGUCCAUUCUACAAGGCAGACAAACGUACCCACAACCGGUGCUCUUUACUACA